AUGGCAGGAUACGAUUAUGGCGGCAGCCCGGGUAGUGACUGGGGCCAUGACCAUUCGCCCGGUGGUGCUGAGCUCCCCUACCGGAUGGGGCAAGAACACCCUGCCAGUCUCACGCCAGCCAUGCCCCGACACAAUGGGGGACAUGGUAAUCAAGGGGGGAGACAGCCGGUUUCCCCUUCAUUAAGCGCCGAGAACACCGACACCGAGUCGAGACGUAGUGGGGAGAGGAACGGGUCGAGGCCACGGGGCUCUAGGUCGGCCAGUGGCCAGGUUCGCACUUGCAAGAAAUGUGGCGAGCCCUUGACAGGGCAGUUCGUGCGUGCGUUGGAUGGGACAUUCCACUUGGACUGCUUCAAGUGUCGGGACUGUGGUCAGAUCGUAGCCUCAAAAUUCUUCCCAGCCGAUGACGGAAACGGCACAGGGCAGUACCCCCUCUGCGAGACCGACUACUUUCGCCGACUCGGGCUGCUCUGCCAUCAAUGCAACGGCGCACUGCGGGGAUCAUACAUCACUGCCCUUGAGCGCAAGUACCACGUCGACCACUUCACUUGCUCACUGUGCCCGACCGUCUUUGGGGCCCAGGACAGCUACUACGAGCACGAUGACCAGGUGUACUGCCACUAUCACUACUCCACCCAGUUUGCCCAGCGCUGUAACGGUUGUCAGGCCUCUAUUCUUAAGCAGUUCGUCGAGAUCUUUCGAAACGGCCAGAACCAGCAUUGGCACCCUGAGUGCUACAUGAUCCACAAGUUUUGGAAUGUCCGUCUCAACCCACCCCAGGAGGUGACCGCCCCAAUUCCAGAUGACCCAGCUGGCCGGGAGCUGGUCCGCGAGGAGGAGGAGCGCAUGGAAGAGAAGGUUUACCGCAUAUGGAGCGUCUUGUCGACAUUUGAGGAGUCUUCAGCCGCUUGCAUAUCAGACAUGCUUCUGCAUGUGAGCAAUGGCGCAUAUAUCGACGGUGUCAUGGUCGCCAAGAAGUUCAUCUUUCAUGUCGAUAUUCUCUUCCGGUCGGCCGAUAGGCUUGACGCGUCCAUGGGUCAGCUCGAGAUGAACUCUCUUGCUUAUGGCCGAGAAGCCAAGCUUCUGUGCAAGAAGAUUGUGGCUUUCUUCUCACUGCUGUCCAAGACCCAGGACAAAGCCACACGUAAACCCGGCGUCACUCAGGAUUUGUUAACCCUGGUUACCGGCCUUGCUCACUACCUCAAGCUUCUAAUCCGGAUUUGCCUCCAAGGAGCGCUCCGCAUCGAGAAAGAGCGCAAGAACGCCGAUGGUCUCUACCACUUUUUGGGCGAUCUCAACGACCUGGAGACGCUCAAGACAGACGACAACUCCACCACCACACUGCAGUUAACCUCGGGAAUGUCCAAGCUCUCAGCCCAUGAUUCAGACCAGUGCGCGCUUUGCCGGAAACCAAUCGAGGACGAGUGUGCGAAGAUUGAGGACAAGAGAUGGCAUCUGGGAUGCGCCAACUGCUCGCGAUGCGGCAAAGAGCUUGGGCGGAACCUUCAAGACGGGCACCUUAAUCCCUACGACGUCAAGGUCUUCUGCAGUACCUGCGAACCCAACGCCCCGCCUAACGCGGCACCGCUUGAACAUGUCACCAAGCUGCAACAAUACGUCUUCUUGCUCCAGGUCGCGCUUGCCAGGCUCCUGGAGAUCCUUCGGGCUAGCGGCUCGAUCCCUAGUUUCCCGGAGGACCCGAAUGGCGAUGGUUCGGGUCCGGCUGAGGCGCGGUCAGGGUCAUACGGGGGUCAGUAUCCGAGGCACCACCGGGAGUCGUCUUAUGAGAGCGCUCUCAACGAUGUCAAGAGGCUAAAAAGCACCCGUCUGGAUAAGCACCUGUCGUCGAGCUUUAGGAAAGCCCGGACAUCCCGAAUCCUGGACGGGCCCGAGAGUAGUAGCGCACGCCCCGGAUCGGCGGGUGGUCAAGGGGAGGGUGGCUUCAACAAGCAUUUUUCAAUCGUUGAGGAAAGGGGGCCUAUCGAUGAAGAGGAUAUAAUGUUGCCCAACCAGGAUGCGAUAACGCUGGAUGACAUUCCUCGGAUCAUCGCCGCGGAGCAGGCGAGAGAACAACAGCGGCCCUACCCUCCCUCGGGACAAGAGCUCUUCCGUUCGCCAACAGCCGAGGCUCAGUUUGGAGCCGGCGAGCCGAUGGGCGGCAACGGCCACCAGCGCAGCCUUUCAGAUGGUAAAGGGGCGGGGGCUCGCGGCCUUGGCGAACAGCCUGCUUUACGCAGCCGGCGCUACUUUUCCGAACUCUCCGGGCUGGAAUAUUUUAUCGUGAGGCACCUCGCUGUCUUGACUAUGCAUCCCAUGGUCGAAUCCGAGUUUACGCUCGAGGAGCUUCUUGGUUUCAUCGAGAGCAAAAAACCAGCCAACUUUUGGAAAAACAUCGGCAAGGCUUUCAAGAACGAUGGUCGCAAGAACGUCAAGAAGAAGGGCGUUUUCGGCGUGCCCUUGGAGGUUAUCAUUGAGAGAGAGGGCGCAGAAUCCACAGACGGUGUCGGACCUGGUACUCUGCGGAUCCCCGCCGUCGUGGACGAUAUCAUUUCGUCCAUGAAACAAAUGGAUCUCUCCGUGGAGGGUGUCUUCCGCAAGAAUGGAAAUAUCAAGAAGCUCGGUGAGCUUGUGGAAAAGCUCGAUAAGGAGGAAGAAGUGGACUUCAGCUCGACCCACGCCGUCCAAGUGGCCGCCCUGCUGAAACGCUACCUCCGAGAGCUACCGGACCCCUUGAUGACGCACAAGCUCUAUCGGCUGUGGCUGGCUGCCGCAAAGAUCCAGGACGAGCAAAAGAUGCGGCACUGUCUCCAUCUGACCUGCUGCUUGCUCCCGAAGCCUAACCGGGACUGCUUGGAGAUUUUGUUCUGCUUCCUGAAGUGGGUCGGGUCGUUCCACCAGGUCGAUGAUGAGUCGGGAUCCAAGAUGGACAUCAAGAACCUGGCCACCGUCAUCGCUCCCAAUGUUUUAUUCGACAGGAAUAAGUUGUCCAGCUUUGAUAACGAGCCGAUGUAUGCGAUCCAAGUGGUGGAGAUGUUGAUAUCAAACAUCGGGGAGAUGUGUUUGGUCCCCGAUGACCUCGUCGAUAUUCUAAACGACCAGGGACUGUUCAACCCUUCGGGGGAGCUGACCAGCAAAGAAAUCCUCAAGAAGUUCUCGGAUCGAGCCGCAACUAGACUCGGUCCGCAACAGUACGCCGAAGUCACCGAGAUCGUCGGCCGGCACGAAAUCCCCACUCGCCCACCGCCCAGGCGGAUAGAGACCGACCCGUCGCAGUGGCAGCAGGAGAGCAGUGCCCGCCCGGUUCAAGAACCCAUGUCCUACGGCCCACCCCACGUGGGAACGCCGCCGCCGAAACGAGGACCGUACGACGCGCCGCAGUACGGCCAAUUCGACGCCCAAGGGGCGCCGACGCCAGAUGGCAGCGGCCGUGGCGGUAGCCAGCUCCAACCGCAACCACAGCAGCAGCAGCAGCAGCAUCCGCAGCAGUCGCAACAGUCGCAACAACAGCAGAGGGAAUGGCGCAACUCGGGGUGGGGGAGACAGAACAGCGGGUUGACGACCAGCAGCGUCUAG